AUGGCGGACACACUUGUUCACCAGGACGAGCCGUCCUCUGCUGGCAACUUUGAGUUGAAGGAGAACACCACCAUCAUCGUUCUCGGAGCUUCGGGUGAUUUGGCGAAGAAGAAGACGUUCCCCGCUUUGUUCGGUCUGCACCGGAAUAACUUCCUCCCCAAGGGAGUGAAGAUUGUCGGAUAUGCGCGGACAAAGAUGGACCCCGACGAGUUCCUGAAGCGGGCCGUUUCUUACAUCAAGACUCCUGUCAAGGAGAUGGAGGAACAGCUUCAGGACUUCCGCAAGAUCCUUUCCUACCAGUCUGGUCAGUAUGAUCAGGCCGACUCCUUUGUUCAGCUCAACAAGCACCUUGAGGAGGUGGAGGGCGGUCGUGAGGAGCGGAACCGUGUCUUCUACAUGGCCCUCCCCCCCAGCGUUUUCAUCAGUGUCUCGGAGCAGCUCAAGAAGCACUGCUAUCCUAAGAAGGGAAUUGCUCGUAUCAUCGUCGAGAAGCCCUUCGGCAAGGACCUUGCUAGCUCGCGCGACUUGACAAAGGCUCUUGAGCCCAACUGGCGAGAGGAUGAGAUCUUCCGUAUUGAUCACUACCUCGGCAAGGAGAUGGUCAAGAACCUUCUCAUCCUUCGAUUUGGUAACGAGUUCUUUGGUGCUACCUGGAACCGCCGACACAUCGACAACGUGCAGAUUUCGUUCAAAGAGCCUUUCGGUACCGAAGGCCGUGGUGGCUACUUCGACGAGUUUGGCAUCAUCCGUGACGUUAUGCAGAACCACUUGCUUCAGGUCCUGACUCUGCUCGCUAUGGAGAGACCGAUCUCGUUUUCUGCUGAGGACAUUCGUGACGAAAAGGUCCGUGUUCUGCGAGGCAUCCCCCCGAUCGAGCCCAAGAACGUCAUCAUCGGCCAGUACGGGCGCUCGCUGGAUGGCGACAAGCCUGGCUACAAGGAGGACGACACUGUCCCGAAGGAGUCCCGCUGCCCCACUUUCUGCGCCCUGGUGGCCUAUAUUAAAAACGAGCGGUGGGACGGUGUUCCUUUCAUCCUCAAGGCUGGCAAGGCUUUGAACGAACAAAAGACUGAGAUCCGUAUCCAAUUCAAGGAUGUUACUUCUGGUAUCUUCAAGGACAUUCCCCGCAACGAGCUCGUCAUCCGAGUCCAGCCCAACGAGAGUGUCUACAUCAAGAUGAACUCCAAGCUGCCCGGUCUCAGCAUGCAGACAGUCGUGACGGAACUUGAUUUGACUUACCGCCGCCGCUUCUCGGACCUGAAGAUCCCCGAGGCCUACGAGUCGCUCAUCCUUGACGCCUUGAAGGGUGAUCACUCCAACUUCGUCCGUGACGACGAGCUCGACGCUAGCUGGAGAAUCUUCACUCCUCUCCUCCACUAUCUUGACGACAACCAUGAGAUUAUCCCUAUGGAAUACCCCUAUGGCUCCCGUGGCCCCGCUGUGCUUGACGACUUCACCUCGUCGUACGGCUAUAAGUUCAGCGACGCCGCUGGCUACCAGUGGCCUGUUACUGACACGACCCCCAACAAGCUAUGA